AGGUACAACAUUUUACGUCCAUUUUUAACACUCCAGUGGUUAUGUGUCCCGUUGACUAUUUGGUUAGAUAACAGUAAACAUUACUUCUGAAUUCAUCAGGACUUUGUGACUUACGUUCUAGUAUACAUGAAAACGUGUGUCAAUAAAUAUUCAAUGAUAUACUAUAUAGAUGUAUUUAAAAGUUUGUGAUUAAACAGGAUUUACCUAAAUAGGAUGAGUACAUGAACUAGUAUAUUUUUAAGAGUUACAAUAUAUAUGUCUAGCAGCAUGAUGUAUCUAACAGCGAUAAUUAUUUUUCUGUUAGUGAGAGGCGUUAUUUCAUUUAAUUUAACAAUUUUACAUACAAAUGACGUCCAUGCACAUUAUGAAGAGAUGAAUAAAUACGGUGGUCAGUGUGAUGACCCAGGAAAUUGUUACGGGGGUAUGGCGAGACUUAAGAACAAAGUGGAUGAAAUAAAGAGACUGUAUCCCAAUACAUUAUUUCUGGAUGGAGGAGACCAGUAUCAGGGGACCCUGUGGUUCACAUAUCACGGAGGGACCAUCGUACACACCUACAUGAACCUCAUAGGAUAUGAUGCAAUGGCUUUCGGGAAUCAUGAAUUCGAUAGAGGCAUUUCAGGACUAAUGACACUUCUAGAAAAUAGCAAUAAUUUUACAAUCGUUAGCUGUAAUAUUGAUACAGCCAGAGAGCCGAGCAUUCAGAAUAAAUUCGUAAAAAAUUUUAUCAUGGAGAGAGGGGGUGAAAAAAUUGGUAUUAUUGGUUACACUACAAAGAAUACACCUUUUAUUUCAAAUCCAGGCAAUUUGAUUUUUUUGGACGAGGUGACAUCUAUUCGAACACAAGUGACCAUUCUUAAAAACCAAGGAGUGAACAAGAUCAUCGCUGUUGGACAUGCAGGAUUUAAAGUCGACCAAAAAAUAGCAACUGAAGUAGAUGAUGUCGACAUUGUCGUUGGUGGCCAUACUAAUACGUUCUUAUAUACAGGAACAGCACCGUCCAAUGAGAAGCCAGUAAAUGUAUAUCCCACUGUUGUCAUAAAGAAUAAUGGCGACGAAGCUUUAGUUGUACAAGAUUAUGCCUUUGCUAAAUACCUUGGAUUUCUGCAAGUGCAAUUUGAUAACGACGGGAAAAUUAUAAGCUAUGGAGGAAACCCUAUAUUACUAGACAGUUCAAUACCUAAAGAUGAAGCUGUACAGAACGUAACAAAUGAAUUUGGAAAGGAGGUACUAGAAAUGAUGAAUAAUGUUAUAGGACGGACGUUAGUUUACCUGAAUGGAGAUCGGCAUACCUGUAGAUUACAAGAGUGUAAUAUGGGGAAUUUGAUUGCAGAUGGUCUUGUUCAUCAGAACCUAUUACAUGCAGACAGCAUCGAUGGAGCUCAAGUGUUCAUCUCUUUAGUCAAUUCAGGGUCUAUACGAUCUUCUAUGGACAGAGGAAAUAUAACAGUAGGGCAUGCGUUACAAGCACAACCCUUUAGGAAUACAUUGGAGACCAUCAAACUCAGGGGAGAUUACUUACUUCAAGCAUUAGAACAUAGUGUUGCGGACUAUGACGUUGCUGAACCAAGUGGAAAGUUUUUACAAUACUCAGGAAUAAAAGUAAAAUAUAAUUUAGCAAAACCACCUCAAAACAGAGUUGUUGAAGCUUUAGCUAUCUGUCAGAACUGUACCUUUCCUGCAUAUGAACCUAUUGAUGAGAAUGUUAUGUACAGCUUGAUUUUGUCCAAUUUUAUUCUGACUGGUGGAGAUUCGUAUCACAUGAUUAGAGAUAAUGCAGAGUUAUCACAUACUGUUGGUGAUCUUGAUUCAGAUGUUUUGAUUGAAUAUGUUAAAAAUGCAUCGCCUUUUUACCACGGCAUUGAAGGGAGAAUAGUGAUUGUUAAUUCAACAGAAACUAUUGAAAGUUUAACAUGUGAUAAUGGAGAUAUAGUAACAUGUGAUGGUGUGAAAUGUCCACAGCCUUGUGAUCCAACAAGCAAGGCUAUAUCCACUAACACCAUACUUAGCUUUAAUGUGUUAUGUUUGUAUUGUAUGUUGUAUACAUUAUUGUUUAAAUGCAUUUUGUAUGUCUGACAUCAUUAACGAGAUAAUAGGAAUACAGGCUAAAUCAUAUAAGUCAGGUACAAAAUGUAGAUACUAGGUAAGUUGGCGGUUACUAAGGUAAUACAAAGCUGUUGAAGGUUUCCGAACAAUGGCUUCAGAAUAUCCUUCGAUAAGAAAAGUUUGUUGGGAGGAAUGAUAUACUAUACAAUCAAAAGAAAAAUGUUCUAGACUUAAGCGGAAUGGCUAAAAUGAAAUAACUUUAAAUUUAUAUAAACUUAGUAGGACAGAACAGUGGCCAGGAGCGCAAAAGUAAAGGUUUGACCACACGAUUAAACGUUCAAUAUUCCAUUUCGCAGCAUGUAUGUCUCAAACAUGAAAAUACCGUCUAUUGUUAUGUAGUGUAAAUUUAUAACAAUUUUAGUCAAUAUUAGUGUAAAGUUGACGGCAGAAAUUUAUUUGAUUGUUGGUAAAGCUGCUUAAAUUUUAGACUCUAAUCCACAGCUUUUUCGAACCACCUUUACUUUGUUUGAAUACUUCUAACUCAACUUUAAUAUCACAAACGGUAUUCAACUUUCUAGUUGAUAUUGAUUAUUCAGGUAUACAUAUCCCCUAUGUGAUACUAUUUAACAUGUGUUUUUCUAUACAUUUUGGAACAAUUCAGUCAGUAUUAGUAUUAUACUACAACAAAUGUGAUUUAAUGAUAAUAACUAUUUUAUAUAGAAAUGAAAUGUGUAUAUAUGUUACAUUUGUAUUGUACUUAAAAUUCUAACUAUAUUUUUCAGAACGUUUUAUACUAACUAUGUUUUUUACUGUUUUUGAUAAAUGUGCUACAUGUAGGCAUGCCUAUUUUAUUGUAUUAUAAUGUUAUUGUUUGUUUAUUUUCCUGAAUGAUAAGCUUUUUGUCCAAUGAAUAGCUUUAAGAACUGUUCUUCAGUGUAACCAGAUGUGUGAACAUUUGUUUCCCAUUUGUAAAUAUCCAGGUUCUAAAUACGGCAAAACUAAUGCUCUUUUUCAUGCUUGUUAAUUUACAUGUUUUAAUCUUUUUUUGCUUGUACAUGAUAUUGUUGUUUAUUAAACAUUUACAUAUAAUAUUUUUUAAUAUGUUAGUUUUUAUGUUGAAUAAAAUUGAAACUGGA